AUGCCGGGUGCCAAGCCUCGUUGCCUCCUCAUCGGUGGCCAGUUUACGGGCAAUUUUUGUGCAAGGGAGCUGAAGAAACAGUUCUACGUCACGGUGAUUGAUGCCAAGGAGUAUUUCGAGUACACCCCGGGGGUUCUCCGGGCCUUUGUGAGGCCAGCUCACUUGGAUUCUUUGACCUUUACCUUGCAGCCUGUGUACGAGCGCAAGAUGGGUGUGAAGUUCAUCUGGGGAGAAGUGAAGGAGCUGAACGGCGAUCGCAAGACGGCCAUCGUCAAGACCAUGUUCUCCAACAAUAUGGAUGAGAUCGGGUUUGACUACUGCAUUAUCUGCUCAGGCUGCAAUUUUGGGCCUUUCAAGCCCAUGGGCGAGAGCCUUUGGUUCCCGACAGUCCAUGAGGAAGGGCGGGCCGUCAGCGACUGGAAGCACAUCGACGAGCGCUUCCUCGAGGGCCGCCGCCGUCACGUUCUGGAGGAGUACCACAAGCUCCAGGACCUGAACAAGAAGAAGGCCACAGUGCUCAUCGUCGGUGCCGGGUUCAUUGGCGUGGAGUGGGCCACGGAGAUCGAGCAUUUCUUCCCAGAUGUCAAGCUGACCAUCAUUGACUUCUUGCCGCGCUGCUUGGGACCUUUGCCAGACAGUGCUGCCAACUACUGCUCCGAGUACAUGAACGCCUGCGGCAUCAAGGAGUUCUACAGCUGCGGCUAUGACCCCAAGAACCAAGACUUCUGGAAGAAGAUCGAGCUGCCCAACGGAGCUGACGAGACCUACGUUUGCAUCGGUGUCAAGGCCUCAAACUACUUCAUGCCCAAGAACACCUUGUCCGACAAGGGCCCUGGUGGAGGUGGAUGGAUCCACUUCAACAAGCACCUGCAGGUCACGGUGAAGCCUUCCGAGGGUGGCGGUGUUUGGGCUGAUGGCUCCAUCUUCGCAGUUGGUGACUGCAACUACGGAUGCAUUGGGGAGCCCGGAAAGUGGGAGAUGCCACCCGUCCCGAAGAUCUCCUAUCCCGGUGAGGAGCAGGCCUACCAUGCGUGCCUGAACGUCAUGCGGCUGGCCAACAACAACAAGAACCUCGUGAAGACCUGGUGGCCCUGGGGUGCCGGCAUGUUCGCUACGAGCUUGGGUCCUCAUGAUGCUUGCUUUGUCGCUGGAGCCAACGAGAACAAAGGCUCCGGCUACAUGGUGAACUGGUGGAUCCCUGCAGCCCUUCAGAAGGAGAUCAUCGAAACUACGAAGAUCGACGAGUGCCGACGCCGGUUCCAUCUGCCGGCACCACGUCUCUGGCCCAGGACUGGCUUUGAAUCAUGGGGUCUUGGUGGAAUUAUGAGUGUGCCGUAUCCGUGCUUUGCACCUGCAGAUGUAUUUCCCGGAAUUGUCGCCGAACUUCGAAGCUCUUCUCGCAGGAGGCGGCAACCGUGGGCCCACCUCGACCUGCGCGCGGGACUCGCGAGCGGAGCUGUGACCGGAAUGCUCGAUCUCCACUGGCGCAGAGCCUUCAAGAGACUUCCGAAUGACGGCGAUUGCAAAGAGCUCACACUUGCCCGUGAGUGGAACGCAACGUAUCAGAGAGUGUACAGCAGCACCUCCUCUAAAGCAGCUAGAGUAUUGACCGACAGUCAUGAUCAGGUCAUGAUCCUUGCCCGCAGGUUGGAUUCCAUUUCGGAGCGACCCACCAUCAGUCCGCCGGCCGCAGCCGGCCCAGAUCCAGUUGAGGAAUUGUGGGUCUUUUAA